CGGCCGCGGGCAGAAGAGCGCGGGCGGAGGGCGCGGACGGACCGGGCGCAGCGACCAUGGCCUCCAAGUGCCCCAAGUGCGACAAGACCGUGUACUUCGCCGAGAAGGUGAGCUCGCUGGGCAAGGACUGGCACAAGUUCUGCCUCAAGUGCGAGCGCUGCAGCAAGACGCUGACGCCGGGCGGCCACGCCGAGCACGACGGGAAGCCGUUCUGCCACAAGCCCUGCUACGCCACGCUCUUCGGACCCAAGGGCGUGAAUAUCGGGGGUGCCGGCUCCUACAUCUACGAGAAGCCCCCGGCCGAGGGGCCUCAGGUCACCGGCCCCAUCGAGGUCCCCGUGGCCCGAGCCGAGGAGCGUAAGGCGAGCGGCGCCCCCAAGGGGCCCAGCAAAGCCUCCAGCGUCACCACGUUCACCGGGGAGCCCAACGUGUGUCCCCGCUGCAACAAGAGGGUCUUCUUCGCUGAGAAGGUGACAUCUCUGGGCAAGGACUGGCACCGGCCAUGCCUUCGCUGUGAGCGCUGCAGGAAGACGCUGACCCCGGGCGGGCACGCGGAGCACGAUGGCCAGCCCUACUGCCACAAGCCCUGCUAUGGAAUACUCUUUGGACCCAAGGGAGUGAACACCGGGGCCGUGGGCAGCUACAUCUAUGACAGGGACCCUGAAGGCGAAGCCCAGCCCUAGGCCCGCAGCCCCCUCCAUGGGGCACGGGCCCACCUGCCUCCUGCCGGACCCUGCCCUGGGGCACACUAUGCUUGGCUGUGUGGGGGAGACGGACCAGCUGCCCAGUCCCACCCCAGCGUGCCUACUGCAAGUCCAGGGCCUGUGCGGUGGACAAGGCCGCUGCGGCAGGGGGUGGUCUCCAGACCAGCCCCGAUGCCCAGCCCUGUGUCUUUGUUCCUUUGUGUCUGCCUCUCUCUCUGGAUUCUCCCUGUGUCCCAGCCUAUUUUUUGUGUCCAUGUGCCUACGUGUCCCUGCGUCUGUGUCCAUGUCUCCGUGUCCCCAUGUGUCUGAGUCCUUGUGUUUCUUUGUAUCCCAGCAUUUCUGUGCUGGUCUCCCUGUCACCGCAUGUCCCUGCGUGUCCCAUGUCCCCGGUGGGUCUCCAAGGUAGCCGUUCCACUUUCCCUCUCCUGCUGGCCCAUGCCUGCCCUACUAGUGUUAUUUAUGCUCCCCAUGCUGGUGACAGCCACACCCCUCACAGUGUCCCCACAGCAGAGGGCAUCCCUGCCAGGAGUCCUCUGCCCGGCUCCCACACUGCCUCGCCAGCGCCCGCCCACCACCCUCACAUGGUUCACUCAACUGAUGAGACA